CCAAAGAUCCACUGUGGCUUUAAACUCGCACAUUAGGAACAAGGUGAUACGUUGUUAAGUCAUCGUCGGUCCUCGUGCUUGAAAUGUGCUAGUGCUGCGAGUGCGCGUUGACGUUAAUAACAUCGACACUGCAACUGAAAACCGCGUUUCCGUGUAAACACCGUCAGAAGAAACCGGUAUUCAAAAUGAUGUUUAAAUACAUGUGUUUGGUUUUGUUCAUAACGUGGUAUCAGUUAGCUGAAUGCCACCCUGCGAGCUCCAACGUCAAGGCAAUGGAUUCCAUGAUUGAAAAGGAAUCGGAAGCAUUUUUAUCUGUUGAAGCAGAAGGCUCUAGUCAUAAAAACGUCAGAGACAAAAGGACGAUCGGCUUCUUAAGGCAGCUGUUUCCAAAUCUAUCUCAGAUAGUCGACCGAAAGAUCCAACAAAUCACGCGAUUCGUAUUCCGCGUGAUCGGCAGGUUGGUGCUCCGGGGCGGCGGAGCUGGUGCCGGUGCGGGUGGCACCGCCGCCACUGGCGGUGCCGGUGGCGAAUCUAGUGGCAAUGGAGGCCGGCGGAUAUCGAUCACGCUACCCACGUUCCCACCGUCCACGGACGACGAGGACGAAGAUACAGCAACGGUCUUGCCGACGGCUGACACGUCGUCCUCGCCGGCCUCGCCGUCAUCAGACUCUGACCUGGCUGCAUCGAGAAUACUGGAGCCGGCUUCAUCUGAGGCGGCUGCCACCGAUUCUGCGCCAGCCGCAUCCGCAGACUCGACCACGGCUGCUGACUCAGCAGUAGCGGCUGACUCAACCUCAGAAGUGGCAGUCACCACCGCCGAACCAGCGGCUACUUCUGCCUCGGUCACCACCGCCGCCACCGAAGCCGCCCCCGUAACCAACGCCGCUCCGGCCGCCGGAUCAGUCUCCACCACCACCGUCGCCGCUGCUGCUGCCGCCGCUGCAAGUGCCACCGCCAACGCAAUCAGCUCGCCAACCACUCAAAUGCCAUUGGACUCAGACAACACAGUGGGCACCGGCAUUGUAAAGAGGACAGCGAGGGAAGUUUCGACGAACGAGCCGAGCUCAACGAAAAAACGGUCACCGCUCACAGACACUGAUAACGACGUGUCGUCUGACAACGCUUUGUCGUCGAACUCCGGCGACGACGCCCAAGCCGAGGCGGUUGCGGACGAAGACCCCAGGAACAAACGGUUCUUAUUCAACCUGCGAGGAGGAGCCGGCGGUGGAUCCGGCAACUUUUUAUUCGACCUGAUCCGAGUCCCACGACAGUUGGUGGCUGGAAGUGGGGCAAACCAAGACAGAGAUGAGUCGGCUGACUCAGUGCCGGCUGAAGCAGGAGAAGCCCAAGAGGUGCACGCGGACGUGAAUGCCAAGGAAGACGGAUACAGCGUCGGCGUACCCGGACCACUGACAAGAAUAUUCGUAAUCGCCAACAGGGGAGUUGCCAAUUUGGUUCAAGACUUGAUACUGAGAUUGGCCCAGACUACCGAACGAAUAGUGAACUUCAAAGCCAGAUUAAUUACAUCCCUCAUCUAAGCAAAUAUUCAAGUUUGUGUAGUAAAAUGUUAUUUAUUACCUGCAAGCGGCGUAUUUUAGUCAUGACUUAUGAGAUUAAAUCUUAGCUUAACGUUCGUUUGCACAACCAUAAACCUACGUCGAGUUUUUUUUUAUAAUUGACACGAUUUUCUUGAACUAUGUGUAUAAUUAUUUCCAAUUUGUGUUUUAUGCAUCAAUCACGUCGCGACGCGCACACUCACGCACACACACUCAUAUACACAUACACAUUCAAAUAUAUUACAACCAAAUCAAAAUUUACUGAAAUAGCCAACAGAUUUUAUUAUUAUUAUUUUUUUUUCGAAACGUUAUGUCAACACGAAUUAAACAUUAUAUUAUGUCGAUAACAAUGUUCGUAUCCCCGCACAGUCCACAACUGAUUUUAAUAUUCUAACUUUUGCAAAAUAAGUGCCAAAAUACAAAAUAUAAUUUUAAUACCAUCAGACCAUAACGAUACGUCGUCAUCCGCGAUCACCAAUUUUAAUUAACUAUACCUACGUCAUGUACUAAUAUCAAUAUUCGUGUUCUUAAUGAUUUAAUCAGCAUGUCAUAUAUGUACCUACUGCUGGUGGUUAUCGACAUUAAAACACUGAUUUCAGACUAUUGUAGUAAUUUAAUUAAUCAAUUAAAAAUUAUAAUCAAAAUUAUGUAGGUACUCCAUUUAUAAUUAUAAUUAGUAGUAGGUAUAUAAAACUGUAAAAACAUUAUCAUAUAAAUACUUAUUCUCCAUGUAGUAUAUUAUUUUUAUUUAUUAGACCCAUGAAAUACCUAUGUGAAAACUUGUCCACUGUAUAAAACAAUAUUGGUAUAAUUUUUUUUUUACAUAUUAUGUAGGGUUUAGGUAGUUUUUUCUUGUAUUUGUAAGUUACAAACAAAAUAAAUAAUUGCUCAACAAUUUUGUUUAUGUAUAAUAUAUUAUUACAUAACGCAUAAUAUGUUAUAAUAAUACGUAAGGGUAUCAUCUUAUUUUAAUUAUAAACACAUUUCAUCCAUGUUAGUAUAAUUUACCCAUAUACUCAUUACUCAUAUUAUAAUAUUGUAUAUAAAUAAUAUACUAUGUCCUUCGAUUCUCUUCAUAAAAAUAUGUUCUCCUAUAUAAGUAAUAUCGUAUAUACAGUCUACUGCGCCAUAUUGUAGACCAUAUAUUAUUAUACUUAUACCUAACACAUUAUAUUAUAUAUAUUAUCAUGAUGUAUAGAUAGUUGUCCAAUAUCUGUAAUAUUUAAUGUAGUACACUCGGGACCUACGUCACAAUAAUAAAAUGUACCUAACGUGCUCAUAGAACGAAAAACGUAACGCAUCAAUCUAAAUCUAUUCUAAAUGUACAUAGGUCAUUUCUUCUUUCAUUUAUUUAUUUUCAUAAUUUUUAUAUUAUUAUCUUUUUCUUUCAUAAAUAUCGUAAUCAUACUUAAAACAUGUGAUAGUACGUAAUCAUGGCUAUGCGGUUGAUAAUUAUUAUACCUACCUACCAUAUAUUAUAUCUAUAUAAUAGUUAAUAGGUAUCAUGCAUAUAUGAAAUUUUCCACCUAUUGUUGAACCAUUGGUACAAUAUAACAAUAACAUCAAUAAUAAUAAUAAAAACAAUAACAUAAUAUUGCAUAAUAUUAUUAUCAUCAGCUGUCGAUAGUAAUAAUAUAUGUAAGGUACAGUCAUGGUCUUUUCUACCAAAAUAAACAGCUACCAGGUUUACGCAUUAUGGCACGUUUCCACCAAAAACAAUAGAGGUUCGAUUCCCGUUUCCGCCAAAAUAUCAAUUUUUGUAAAUACAUUUCUGCUAAUAUUGUUUGUUAACUAUGUAGAUAGUAGUGCAACAAUUUAACGGUAGAAAAAUGAUUGCAUAUAAUAAUUGAAAAAUCUAAUAAUAUCAUAGUUAAGUAGGUAGGUACUUACAUAUUAGAUAGGUUCAAAUGUUCAAUAUAUAGUAAAAUUUCACAACAAUAUAAAUUAUUCUAGUAAAUUAUCAUAUUUCUUAAAAAAAUACAAUCACAUAUCAAUCAUAUUUUAUAUUUUAAAAAGUAAUUAUAAAGAAUUAAGAAAUUGUUUACCAAAGGGUAACCUAUACUAGUUUCAUUUGACUCAUGUAUUUUAAAUUGCAUUUUAUGUCUUGUUAGGUACUUAAUAUAAUAUAUUAUAACCUACAUAAAAAUGGUUUUCAAAUUAUUUUUGGCAGAAACGGGUAUUUCCCGGUAAUACAAUGACACGUCUCCGACUCUUGGUUCGUCUAGAAUCUAUAUUAUAAAUUUUAUAGCCAGGAAUAUUAUUAACAACAAUAACAAUAAUAUAAACAUUAUUGCAAUCGUCGAUCGAUCAGACGACAAUCUGUUAAAAACAUCAGACACAUAACGAACUGAAGUCGAGUACUUACUAACUUUAUUUUACCCGUCUAUUGCGUUAAAAUCAAAAUAAUUAUCGGACGUCCGCGUAUAAGGACGAUGGACUUUUGUUUUUUGCACUUUUUCGUGGACGUGCAGGUGACCAGUGACGUAUGGUCCACGGGUGGUGGUUUGGGGGGCUCAAGCUACUGCUUUUCAUUGAGUUUGUUUUUUAAACAUCUUCACAGCUCUAAUACACAUAUUCAUACAUUACCUAAAUUAGUUUAACUAUAAGUUUCAUAUUAAGUAGUCUUCACCUGUCAUAUCCAUUUCCUGCAGUACAAUAUAAUAAUAUUGUAUUGAUUUUUAAAAUAUAUUGUCAUUAAUAUGCCGGUUAAUAACACGUUCAUUUCCGUCGAUUUAGCUCAGUGCCAUGAAAUUAUACCGAAAAUUCUUAUUUUUUUAUUUGCGUUUGAUCCUCGGAUAUUAUAUAUUAUAAUAAUGAGACGGAUACAUAAUGACAUCUUACCUACUUAGAUACAAUUAUAAUGUAUGUUGUGUGCGUAUGUAUUAUAUAAUAUUAUAAUACUGCUGGUUCAGUCGUAUUUAAAUUUCCGGAUAUUAUAAUAUUAUGUAGGUAUAUUAUUGUAUUUCACUUAAUAAUUAAGCUAUAAAUCUGUAUGUUAUUAAAUCAUGAUCAUUAUAUUAAUAUUAUUAUUAUUUUAUGUGUGUAUUAAUUGUGUAAAGUCGUUAGUUGUUAAGUUAAUAAUAAUGAUGAUAUAAUAUUAAUUGAUUUUGUAUAGUUUUAAUGAUAAUGUAGACAAGAUUGAAAUAUAUAGUGAUUUUAAAUUAAAUAUAUUAUAUUAUAAUAUUCAAA